AUGACGACCACAAACUUAUCACCUCAUUCGUAUCCCGAUUUGGCAAUCAAUUUACCAAUUGAACUUCCUCUUAAAGGAUCGAUCUUGUGGCUGUGCGAUGACAGUUUUUUACGAUUCAAUGGCGAUUUGUUUACGAUUUGUGCACCACUUUACGAUUUUGGCAAUUCAUUAUUCUGGGGCUUAGUAAUGGGAUUCGAGACCGGAGAUUAG